AUGUCAAGAUCUUCCUCAAGUACGGGUACAUCAAGAGAGACCUCACCCAUGGAGGGACUAUUGGAGGCUCCUAUCCAUCGGUUUACCGGAAUUCGAAAUCUCCAAAAAGAUGUCAGAUCACAGUCUGCCGAGUUGCAAGCUGGUCGCUCAAAUCAGCAGUAUCUUAUUUUUCGAGGUGUCACAAAACGCCAUCUUGCUGAGAUAGACCGUAAGCGCGCUAGCAUAGGAAAGCAUACUCGGAUGACACAUCACACGAAUACCGAUCUAUUGAUUGUCAAGCUGAUGCCCUCCGCGAAACAUGAAGCAGCGCAUCUUACACUAGCUGAUGAUCUUAACCACAAGCUUGAAGGGAUGGGCAUACCGAAGCGAAGCUUGUUCCCUCUCGGUGGAACGAGGUUCUCCGGCUCUAGCUCCUCCAAGGAGGGAGAUGCAGCAAAUAAACCCCGCUCCCGGAGCCAGGAAACCGAUUGGCCCACAAUCGUUUUUGAGUCUGGACUGUCUGAAACGCUUGCUCGCCUGAGACAUGACGCAGGAUGGUGGCUUGCCAACUCUGAAGGGAGUGUGAAAAUUGUUAUUAUCAUCUCAAUAACGCCAGAAGAGAAGAGGCUGCAGGUUGAAAAGUGGUGCCUUUCUCAAGCCACUACACAGAGGCCGACUACUAGAGCACACCCGAAUCCCAGUCCAUUAGUUCCGACAAGAAUGCAAGAGAUUACCAUUACCCAAAAUCCCACCUCCACAACAAAUUCCACCGCUCAGCCAGGUACCACCAUUCAGCAAAGCACCGCCACAUCAUGUACCGUCGCUGGAGCGCCUCUGAUACUAGAAUUUGAAAAACUUCUUCUCCGAGCACCCGUACCGCCAGAAGACAACGUUAUCCUCACUGCAACAGAUCUUUCGGACUGGGCGAAUGAUUUCUGGAGUAUUCUCAGGUAG